UCAUCAUUUAAACAAAAAUGACAUGAAUACUCCCCCACCCAAACACGCGCACACACACCCCAACCAGAUGAAUUAAGGAUAAGUACCACAGCCACAUACACAUAGUUACACCACAAAAUAUUUACGUAUAUAAAAUAUAUAUCGUGUUCAUAUCACUUCUCACGUUUCUUCUUCGCUUUGGUCAUCAACUUUUCCCUAAUUACCGCUUAUUUCUCGUAACCUUCGUUUUCUCGUUUUCCUUUGAAAUUUAAUUCAUUUAUUUAUAUUUUAAUAAACCAGAGCAAGGUUGUCUUUGCUUCUUUGUGGAGGUUUUAGGCUAACGCCAGAACCCGAACCAGCAACAGCAAACAACACAAGACAUACGUUUUGUUGUAUGUAUUUUAAUAUUAAUAUUAAUAUUAAUAUAUUAAUAAUAAUCAUAUAAUAUUUAAUCUGUCUGUUUCUGAGUUGUUGCCGCAAUCCACAAUCCCUUCCCUCUCCUAUCCAUUCCUCAAAUCAAAUCCCAUUCUUUGCCGCAACGCAACACCAACAAAAAUUGAAAUUCAAGACUAAACUAUAAAAAUUUUCAUCUACAAGCAUUGAUUUGAUUUGAUUUGAUUUUAUUUGAUUUUGAUCAUCGACCGAAAAGAUUCAUUUAAAGAAAAAACAUUAAUAAUAAUAAUAAUUCGACGACCUUAAUCCAAAAUCAAUCUAAUACCUUCCAAUUCUUCCGAUCCAGAAUAUUAAUGGCAUCAUCACAUUCUCAAUUCUGAGACUAUUUGGCGAUUCGUCGAUUGAGUUCUUUUUUAAAUCCUUGGAUCCAGUGUCGAUCUUCGUGACGACGAUGAACUCAGCGGCGUCACAGGAUCACUGGAGGAGUUACUUCAGGAAGGCGAAUUCCGACAUAUUCAGCAUCAUUGACAACGCCAUCACGGUGGCCGCUUCCGAUUGCCCGAAGGAAUUCAGGCUUCGCCGUGACGCCAUUGCCGAGCUCCUCUUCUCCUGUAGGCUCGCGCGGUGCCGUGGAUGUGACCGAGUGGAGCUCGCCGUCGAUGGAGGCAGCGGCAAAGAUGAUUGUGGUGGUGGCGGCGGCGGCGGCCGCAAGAGCGGUGAGUCCGAGGUCGAGACGGGUGGGAGUAAAGAGAGCAAAGUCAACAGCAGCAGAGAUGAUAGGGGAGAGGUGAAUGUUCAGAUCGUGAGCAAUUACAGCUAUGGGGAAGCAGAAGCCUUGACGGAUGAGAUUGAAGAACAGUCUCUGUAUGCUGAUGAGGUCUUCAGGAUCAGACAGGUUUUGCUUAAUUCUCAAGAAGAGUCUGAUUCAGUAAUAUUCGAGUCAUUGCGGAGGCUUCAGCUGAUGGAGCUCACUGUGGAUCUUCUGAAGGCCACUGAGAUUGGUAAGGCUGUCACUCCUCUUCGAAAGCACGGCUCGAGGGAUAUUCGCCAACUUGCACGGACACUUAUUGAUGGCUGGAAAGUUAUGGUGGAUGAGUGGGUCAAGGCUACCACACCUAUCACAGGUUCAGAAGGUACCCCAGAUUCAGUAAAGCCGUCUACAGUUGAUGAGGAAGAAGGGCUUCCAUCACCUCCCAUGGAUGAAGGGGCUUUCUUUGCCACUCAAGCUGGUUCAAUGGAACUCUCCCAGUUCUUUGAUGGCAUGGAUGAUUAUGGAAAUCCUCAACAGAGUGGGGAAUUCAUCAAGAACCGUGAAAGUGGCAGAAGGGCAUCGCUGGAUAAUCAACAUAUUGUAGAGAUGAAAAUUCAGGUUUCAGCCAAUGACACAAACACGGACAUUAAGGGUCAGCAAGCCAUGAAACAUGAGAGUACCGUGAAGCUAACUAAGCUGGUAAACACUGAUUCUGGCCCUGGCAGGCCGCCAAAAACUACCAUGCAGAUAAAAGGGACAGUGAAACAGAAGAUGCCUCAAAAGAUAGAGACAAGUGUCAUCCCAAAGCAGCCUCAGGCUAGUAAUCAGGAUAAAUCCAAGCCUUCGGAUGACUCUUCAUUGAAAGUGAAGCUAGAAGCCGCUAAGAGAAAACUUCAGGAGCGGUAUCAACAAGCUGAAAAUGCUAAGAGGCAGCGAACAGUACAGGUUAUGGAGUUGCACGACCUGCCCAAGCAAGCGGUUGCACACCGGAAUCCACAUGUGAAGCCUGGAAUGCAUAAGAGGAAAUUGAAUAACGGACGAAGAUAGUGAUCUGCAUAAUGGGGAACCUGCAUUUUUUGUUAUAAGCUUCUCCCGUUCAAAAAAUAAGGAGGAAGAAGAGCUCUAUGUAUGUAAGCUUUGACCAUUUGAAAUCACAAUUCAGGUUUACCAUAUUCUUACUUGUACAGAGAGCCGUUUUGAAUCUCUGAUCUGAUUGAGAGGGAAGUAAACUCUGAAAAACAGUUUAUUUCCUAAGUUAAAGGUGUUGAGUAUAUAUAGAAAUUUUGUUUAUCCGGGGAUUGGAUUUGGAGGAGGCACUCUUUGGCAAUAAAAUGAGGAUGACUAUGUUCA